UGUGCCACAUUCAACAACUAAUAAAAGAAAAGUAAGUUUUGGUUGCUUUCACUUUUUUGACUUAUUCUUAAAAAUGUCAGUCUUUCUUGUGUUAGAAAUGUGUAGAAAGGUGGUUGUGUUUUUCACCAUUUUUCUCAUCCACCAAAUUGAAGAUAGAAAAUCUUCUCUCCAUUUUUUGCACUCUCAGAAAGUUUUUUCACUUUCUGAAAGUUUAGUCCAUUGGUUACUAAAAAAAACUGGAAUUAGCUACGAACUUCGUCGCUAAGCUGUAGCAAAAUCGCUCGUAGCUAACAGAAUAUUUUGAUAAUCUGUCGCUAAUUAGGAAUUAGCAAUGGAUUUUGUUGUUUAGCUACAGAAUUUGUCCGUCGCUAAUGAAAAUGAAAACCAGUAUGGAUUUUUCACUACUUCAAUUGCUUAUUAUGGUAAUGUCUAUCUUGUGUUUGAUGUGUUCUUCAUUAGAAUUUGAUCCUGUUGAUAACUAUCUAAUAGACUGUGGAUCACUAGAAAAUACAACUAUAGGUGAUAGAGUUUUCUUGGCUGAUAACUUGAAUUCCACUCAAAGAGUAUUUGUUAAUACAAGUCUUGAAUCCAUUCCAUCUACCUAUAGUUCAUCUCUGUAUAAAACUGCUAGAAUUCUCAAUGAGACUUUCAAAUUCACCUUUUCGAUCAAGAAACAAGGGCAACAUUGGAUUCGCCUAUAUUUCUUUCCAUUUUCGAAUGAUUUUUUCAAUCUAAGUUCUGCUAAGUUCUCUGUUUCUGCUCAGAACUUCACUCUUGUUAAGAACUUUCAACCAUUGAAUGCUACUUCAGUAAAGGAAUACUCUUUGAACAUUACUAGCAAUAGUUUAGUUCUUACCUUUACGCCGUCUGCUACCUCAUUUGCCUUUGUAAAUGCUUUAGAAGUCAUUUCACUUCCUGAUGAGGUCAUUCCUGUCGAUGUUGGUAUUCAUAAUCUGAGGACACAAGCAUUAGAAACAGUGGUGAGAGUAAAUAUGGGAAAUAUUGCAGUUUUGCCUCAAAAUGAUACCUCGUGGCGAUCUUGGGAACCUGAUGAAAGAUACUUAACGAGCAAGAAUCUUGUCCAGUUUGUAUCGAACAUACGAGCUGUGAACUACACGAGAGGAGGGCCUUCUCGGAAUAUUGCUCCUCCAUUGGUGUAUGGAACUGCCACGAGGCUGCAAUCAGAGAAUGAUCCUAAUACGUUAGCAAAUGUAACGUGGUCGUUUAAUGUUGAUCCUGGCUUUGAUUAUUUCAUCAGGUUCCACUUUUGUUACAUAGUAAAAGGCCCCUCUGGUGAUUUAAUAUUCAAUGUUUUCCUCAAUUCUCAGUAUGUUUUCAAGUACCUUGAUCUUAACAAUGAGACAUCAAAUGUCUUUGGUGCUCCAUUUUACAUGGAUUUUGUCACAAGGCUAGACAACAGACAUAGCAUUGGCAUUAGCAUUGGUCCAACAGAUGUACGUAAUGCAUAUCCAGAUGGACUCUUGAAUGGUCUCGAGAUCAUGAAAAUAAGCAAUUUCAAAGGCAGUUUUGAUGCUUCAGACGUUGAAAUUCAGUCCUCAUCGCCUGGUUCAAAGCCUAAAACAUGGUUGAUUCUUGGAUCAACUAUUGGAGGAUCGAUACUUUGCAUUGUUUUAGUUGUGUUGUCUUUUCUCUUUUGCAGAAGUAGAACACGGGCGCCAGUUGAUCACUCAACUGAGGAUCAUCAUACAACAGUUGGAUCAACUACGGAGGAAAAACAAUCUAUCAUUUCCAACUCAAAUAUGGGGUACUGGUUCCCUUUUAGAGCAGUUCAAGAAGCAACCGAUAACUUCAGUGAAAACAUGGUUAUCGGAUUUGGUGGUUUUGGAAAGGUUUACAAGGGAGUUUUGAGGGAUAAUACAAAGGUAGCGGUGAAGAGAGGACUUCCUCAAUCACAACAAGGUCUUUCUGAGUUCAAGACUGAAGUUGAAAUGUUGUCUCAAUUCAGACAUCGCCAUUUGGUUUCACUGAUAGGUUACUGCAACGAAAAGAAUGAGAUGAUAAUUAUUUACGAGUACAUGGAAAAUGGAACUCUUAAGGAUCAUCUGUAUGGCUCAGACCUUCCAAAUUUGGAUUGGAGACAAAGGCUUGAAAUUUGCAUAGGAUCAGCAAAAGGACUUCACUAUCUUCAUACUGGUUCUCAGAAGGCAAUUAUUCAUCGCGAUGUCAAGUCUUCGAACAUAUUGCUUGAUGAAAAUCUCAGGGCUAAAGUUUCUGAUUUUGGACUAUCGAAAAUUGGUCCUGAAAUUGAUCAAACACAUGUUAGUACUGCAGUUAAAGGGAGUUUCGGAUACCUUGAUCCUGAGUACUUGACAAGGCAACAACUAACUGAGAAAUCUGAUGUCUACUCCUUUGGAGUAGUUAUGUUUGAAGUUCUCUGUGGCAGGCCUGUUAUCGAUCCAUCUCGUUCCAAGGAAAUGGUGAAUUUGGUUGAAUGGGUGAGAAACUGUUUAAGGACAAGAGAUACAGAAACAAUCAUUGAUCCAACGAUUGUACGCGAGAUAAGAUCAGAGUCUUUGAUAAAGUUUGUAAAGACUGCUGAAAAAUGCUUGGAAGAAUAUGGUGUAGAUCGACCGACUAUGGGAGAUGUUUUGUGGAACUUGGAAUAUGCAUUGAAACUCCAAGGAAAAGAUGAAAAAACAAGACAAGAAAAUGAGAUAUCUGAUAAUCAGUUGGAUAAUAGUGUGUUAAGUACAGAAUUCAGUAUGGGGAGUAUGGUUGAUAUUGCUGGUAUUUCAAUGAGUAAAGUUUUUAGCAAUAUGGUAAAAGCUGAAAACAAAGACUCAUGUGACAUAUGUUAGAUGCUAAAGAUACAAUGCAGAUCCAUCUAGUGAACUGCAUAUGGAUUAUAUAUUUGUAUUUUCUUUUUCAUAUGGAACCAGCAAGCAUCAGGGUCGGCUACCUACAUCACACUCUUGGAGUGUGGCCCUUCUCUGGACCCUGCGUUAAUGCAUUGAUGCGUUGUGCACCAGGCUGCCUUUUUUUUUAAGAUUCUGUAUUAUAAUGCAUACUUCUUUUGCACAAUAGAGCAGUUCAAAGGCAUCUGGUUGAUAAGGUUGAUGACCAUUUAUUUUUAAAUUUGUGUCUCUGUUCAUUGUCACAAAUUCACAAUUCAAUGUCACAAUACUAUUGCAUUUGUCGUUGUUUAUGGUA